GGUACCAUCGGCAUACACGCUCGUUAUUUCGACGGGAGACGUGGGCCUAUGCCACGGACGUAUGAACGAAGAGUUGAGAUCAUUUUGAAGCAAAACAUGGUGCAGACGAUUUACUGAGGCGCUAUGGACCUCACGAAGAAGCUGCGAUCACUGGUAGGAAAACAGGGGCAGCUGCUGAGCCAGGAUACGUCAAGCGGUGGCACAGGAACUCCCGAGUCGCAAGCAAUUAUUCCCAGGCUCAAGCCCAGUGGGGAGCUGCCAGCUGACCCAAACGAAGAAGAGGAAGUGCUGUCGUGCAUCGAGGCCAUCUACUGUUCACCCGAGGGAGAGUUUGACGCUAGUGACCACGAGCUCAAGAAGCUGCCUGAAGAGUUGGACUUGGCUGCCAUCCAGCUGGUGCGCAAGGUUCUUCGGAGACAGCUGGCAGUGGUGUCCAAGCGAGUGUCUGAUCUGAUCCUGCAGAACCAGUCGUGGUACACGCUGGAGCUGCAGCGUGUCACCGAGCUGCAGGACAGCCUCGAUGAAGCCUGCUCUGUCUGCAUCCGAGGGCGCAAGAGCCUGGCGUGCAGCCAGCACGAGCUGACAGUGUCCAGUCUGGGCCUCCUGGCUGCCUGCCGCAGGCGUCAGCAGCUGCUGGGUUUGUUGCGUUCCCUGCACCUCAUCAAGGCUCUGCAAGAGACGGAUGUCAGGCUUCGGGAACUGCUUGAGGAGGAGGACUACCCUGGUGCAAUUCAGUUGGGAUUGACGUGCCACAAAGCAGCCAGCACCUUUCGGCACUACCAGUGUGUCGGGGAACUAAGUGCCAAGCUACAGGAGACCCUGGAGAUGACUGAGGAACAGCUUGACGUGGCCCUGUCACGCUUGUGUGUUCACUUUGACAAUGACCACUACUGUCGCCUGAAUGCUGCCUACCGACUGCUUGGAAAGACACAGAUGGCUGCCCACCAGCUGCUGAUGCACUUCUCGAGUGCCGUGCAGAGUAGUGCUUUGCUUGUGGUGAGGAACCAUGCAGUUGCUGGUGACAACACGAGGCCACCCGACCUGCACAAGGCACAGUACGUUGACCUCUGCAAGCUGGUUCCUGCAGAGCGGUUCUUGGGCUGCCUGGUGGACCUGUGCCAGGCAUUGUGGCAGGUUAUGUGCAGCUACUGGGCUGUGCUCACCUGGCAUCGCGACCGGGAGCCUGCUGGAGAGAGCCUGCUGAGUGAGGACAUUGAGGCACGCUACGUGAUCGAGAAGUUGCGUGGGGGGCUGCAGCGGGUGUGGCAGGACAUCCAGAAGAAGGUCACCCAGUUCCUGCUCGCCUCCAACAUUGCAGGCUUCAAGUUCAACCAGUUCAUUCAAGUGCUGGACAUUGUGCGCAGAUUGAUGGACAUUGGGCAAGACUUUUGUGGGAGCCAGUCGGAAGAGCUACAGCAGUCUCUGCGGCAACAGAGCUUCAACUACUUUAAGGACUACCACAGGAGCUGCAUGGAAGAGCUGCGAAUGUUCCUGGAGAAUGAGAGCUGGGAGCUGGUGCCUGUGAAACCCUCGUUCUCUAUUCUCCAACUGCAGGAGUUGCGUUUCCUGAGGCCACCGGCGAGGACGAGUGCACCACCGGGGUCUCCUGGUGGGAGCCGGCCAGAGGCACCCUCGCGCCUGGCUGAGGGGCUGCAGCUGUUUGAUGCCACCUGCCAGCCAUUCGUCCUGCAGCCAGAAGAAGAAGAGGAAGAUUUGUUCGACGCUGUGGCAUCCAGCCCUGCUGAUGGCCCUGGCAGUGCAGAGGUGGACUCUGAUGACUCGGACAUUGCCGAGGAGCUGAAACGGGACUUUGUUGAUGAAAUGACCGGUGAUGCUCCCCAGCAGAAGCAACCGAAGCCCUCCACUCGGCCAGCCAACAGUAGCAGCCCUUUUGUCACGAACACGAGCCUCAAUGUUUUGCGUCAGUUUGGGAAGUACAUGAAGAUGAUGGAUGUGCUGCAUACCAUUGCCUUUGAUGUGUUCCUGUGCAUGUCGCAGCUGUUCAACUACUACCUCUAUGCAGUGUACAUAUUCUUUGCCAAAGAAAUGAGUGACUUCCGGGAGAACUGUCUCAGCAUCAAGGCUCAGAAGGCACUUCAGAAGAUCCGUGAGGACCUCUGCGAAAGCCCAGACGGUGAAGGGCAAGAGCCCAGCUCUAGGAUCCAGGUUCCACAGCUGUCUACAGUGGUGGACUUGACGAGCCCCGAGAAGCUGUUUGGCCUGGCACCUCGUGUUGUCGCUGCAGAGUCCCUGCAGUUCCUGGCCGAGCAGUUUGUGUUUCUGGCACCACACUUGGAAGCCUUGCUGCCCAGCAGCAAGCGAUCCUGCGUCCAGGCACACCUCCAGACGGCGUCCCUGUCGACUGAGCUGCGGCAGCCGACGUACAUGACAGUGACGGCUCGUGCCAUUGGCUACGACCAGGUUCUCUCGCUUAUGGAGCGUGCUCGUUGGGACGUCCACGAGAUUAUGUCUCAGCACAGCUACUAUGUGGACGUCCUUGUCCGGGAGUUGCAGCUGUUCCUGAUGCGCCUCUCGGAAGUAUCCAAGCAGAUCCCUCUACCACCUGAGGCCACAGACAUUCUCUGGGAGCAUGCCAUUCGCAUCGCCCAUCGGACCUUCAUAGAAGGCUUCUCCCAGGCCAAGCGCUGCACUCCCGAAGGCCGUGCACAGAUGCAGCUAGACCACCAGCAGUUUGUGAGCAAAGUGGAGAAGCUGCGGGAGCACUGCCAGCCCCUGCCAGACAAGGAGCUUGUCGAGGCAUACAUCAAGGCCUACUACCUCAUGGAGCGCAACCUGCGUGACUGGAUUGUCGACCACUCCAAGGACUACUCAACCAAGCAGCUGACCGGCCUGGUGAAUUGCAGCCACCUGAACAAAAAAGGCCGGCAGGGGCUGCUUAAUCUAAUCGAGGACAUUGCCGCAUCACCACCUCGAAAGUGACCGCUCUCUGUACAGCCACUCUCGACAACUUUUAUAAUGAAAUAAAAACUUUCUGUUUUCA